AUGGCUAAACGCAAGAGACCGAGUUCAACUGGAGUUGCGAAUUCUGUUGGCACUCCAGCAGAUCUACCCAUUAAUCUUGUUUCGACUGCAUCCAACAUGAUGGCCCCCACUCCAGGUCGGCGAAUGAGCUCAAGGCAAGCAUCAAUGGUUGCCCCUGCAAACAUCGAUACGAAUCCUGAUACAAACCCCAAAAUUCAAGAUGCUCCUGGCGCACUCCGAGCCUCACCCGAUGCAGAGCUGGCAGUAGCUGGAAGCUCGCAGAAAAGGAGGAAGGGCGCGCAAGCAGCACCAGGAAAUAGUGCUGCGAAUGAAAAGAUUUCCAAUUCAGUCAAAUCCAGCUCGCCCACAAGAACUGUGAAAGGCAGAGAUGAUGAAGGGGAGAGAGGUGACCCAGAAGAAGAUGGUCCAGGGGAUGCCGAUCCCGAAGAGCUCAAGGAAGCUUUGUCUCGCCCACCACCAGUCAACAGUGCCUAUCUUCCCCUUCCAUGGAAAGGCAGAUUAGGAUAUGCAUGUCUAAAUACCUAUCUACGCUACUCGAAUCCUCCAGUUUUCUCAUCACGAACGUGUCGGAUUGCUUCAAUCCUCGAACAUCGGCAUCCUCUUAGGGAUCCAACACAACCAGAACAUUCAACCAAGAAUCGUCCUGAUAAAGAUCAACCCGCCGAUAUUGCAAGGGGACAAGCUUACGUCGAAGCCCUAGGUAUUGCAAAUGCACGAGAUAUAGUCAAAAUGCUACGCUGGAAUGACAAAUACGGCAUCAAGUUUCUUCGCUUGUCAUCUGAGAUGUUCCCAUUCGCAUCGCAUGAUGUAUAUGGGUAUACUCUAGCUCCCUUUGCUUCGGAGGUUCUUGCAAAGGCUGGCGCCGUUGCAGCAGAGUUAGGACAUCGAUUGACGACACAUCCGGGUCAGUUCACUCAACUUGGCUCUCCUCGAAAAGAAGUCAUUACGGCCGCAAUCCGGGAUCUAGACUACCAUUGUGAGUUGUUGGAUUUAUUGAAACUUCCAGAACAACAAAAUCGAGAUGCAGUCAUGAUCUUACACAUGGGAGGUGUUUUUGGUGAUAAGGCUGCCACAAUUGCACGAUUCAAGGAAAGCUAUCUCCAUCUUCCCCAAAAAGUCAAAAACCGUUUGGUCCUCGAAAACGACGAUGUUUGCUAUACCGUCCACGACUUGUUACCGGUCUGCGAAGAGCUCAACAUUCCUCUUGUUCUCGAUUAUCAUCAUCAUAAUAUCCUUUUCGAUGCAGAUAAAAUCCGUGAAGGAACAUUGGAUAUUAUGGACCUCUAUCCGCGCAUCAGAGCGACUUGGACAAGGAAAGGUAUUACACAGAAAAUGCAUUAUUCAGAACCUACUCCGCCAGCAAUCACAGGCCGACAAAGACGGAAACACAAUCCCAGAGUUGCAACACUACCUCCUUGUGCCGAUGACAUGGAUCUGAUGAUCGAGGCUAAAGAUAAAGAGCAAGCUGUAUUUGAAUUGAUGCGAACAUUCAAGCUUCCCGGAUUUGAUACAUUCAACGAUAUCCAACCACAUGUGCGAAAUGAUGAAAAUAAGCCAUGGAAGCCCCCAAAAAAGCCCAAGAAGACUCCCGCCAAAAAGAAGAACAAAACAGAACAGGACGAGGAAGAUUCUGGCGACGAACCGGAACCCCUGCCCCCAGCCAUCAUCCCCGAGAAAGAGGUAGGCAUGGGUGGUCCUGAAGGUCGAGUAUACUGGCCACCUGGUAUGGAGGAAUGGUUGCGACCAAAGAAACGUGAAGUCAAACCACGAGAUCCGGAAAAAGCCAAAACGACAGCGGAACGUGCGGCAGCUCGUCGUGCAGAGAAGGCAAGCUGGCAGGCGACUCAAGAAGCCAAUAACGGUACCGCUUCUCGCGAUACUUCUGCAAGUGCGAGCACAAGUACCAACGGCGGAGGCGAAGCAGCUGGUACGAAUCUUGAUCUUGAGGCAACAAAAUCAGUGUAUGACAAAGCAAAGUCUUCCAAGACAAAGGCAAAACCAGCUCGUGCGCCGAAAUCGAAAUCUAAGCCCAACGUCAAGGCUGUCCUGACUCCAAGUACAAGUGACCAUGAUGACGAGGAUCCAGUCAUUUCGGAUGAUGAGGACUUGUCAAUGCCUGAUCUGACUGAUGGAGAUGAAGCUAUUCGUCCCGUUAAGGUGGAGGAAUCGAAGAAGCCACGGCUCGCUACUCGUGCUUCUAGUGGACGUAACGCACGAAGAAAAGUGAAUUAUACUGAGCAGGAUGAAGAUUGA